AAACCAUAGAAAUGAAUGCAUUUCUCCAAUCAUUGCAUAAUUUGUGUUCACUUUUGAGGCUCUUUUAGGGCGUGUUUUGACUCGUUUUGAUGUUUUGAUUAAAUGUUUUGCAUGUUUUGGGCGUUCAUUGUAUGCGGUGUUCACUAACAACAACACAUCACUCAUCUCUCUCUCCCACCAAAAACUAUUGUCAACCGUAUUGUCAACACUCUGUCCAUCGAUGGCCACGUGGAGAGCACUCGCAUCGCAACAGCCAUCCAAUAACAGUCACUCCCGACAGACCAAAGACGAUGACGACGACUGGGAAACCGAUCCAGACUUUGUCAACGAUGUGACAGAACAACAGCAACGGUGGGGCGGUUCCGGUCGCACAGCCGGCGCUAUAGAUAUCGCUCAAUUGCGGGAUAACGUGACCCAUGAAGACAUGGAUAACCGACAGAAGACGGCGCACGAGUCGCAAACAGACGGCAAUAAGGGGUUCGGCGGCGCGUUUGGCGUUCAGACCGAUCGCGUGGACAAGAGUGCCGUCGGCUUUGAAUAUCACGAGAAACUGGCCGCACAUGCAUCGCAAAAAGAUCAUUCGUCCGGAUUUGGGGGUAAAUUUGGUGUCCAAUCCGAUAGAGUGGACAAAUCAGCCGUCGGUUGGGAUUAUAAAGAGAAACUUAAUCAACACGACUCACAAAAGGAUCAUUCUGUGGGCUUCGGUGGUAAGUUUGGCGUUCAGAAGGAUCGAGUGGACGCGUCUGCUGUUGGUUGGGAACAUCACGAGAAAGUGGACAAACAUGAGUCCCAAUUAGACCAUUCGGUGGGCUUUGGGGGCAAAUUUGGUGUACAGUCUGACAGAGUGGACAAGAGUGCCGUCGGCUGGGAAUACCACGAAAAACUACAACAACAUGAGUCACAAAAAGAUCACUCGAAAGGUUUUGGGGGUAAAUUCGGUGUCCAAUCGGAUAGAGUGGACAAAUCGGCCGUCGGCUGGGAAUACCACGAAAAGCUUCAGCAACACGAGUCACAAAUAGACGGCACGAAGGGUUUUGGGGGUAAAUUUGGUGUCCAAUCGGAUAGAGUGGACAAAUCGGCGGUCGGUUGGGAACACCACGAAAAGACUGAGAAACACGAAUCGCAAACCGAUUACUCGAAAGGAUUCGGCGGUAAAUACGGCGUUCAAACGGAUCGCAAGGAUAAGGAGGCGCACGGAUGGGACGAAGUGACCAAAACUGAGAAACACUAA